AUGCCCGAUCUCGACCAGUUGACGUCCGGACCGAGGAAACCGUUUACGGACGCGACGAGCGUCGAGUACCUGUUGCAGAACACAGACUGGAGCAAAACCAGCUUGGGACCUCGGGAACAGUGGUCACAGAGUCUUCGCACAAUGUUGAGUUUGGUGCAAGCCUUGCCUCUCCAGGCGACAUUAUGGUGGGGACCGGACCUUGUCCUCAUCUACAACGAACAUUAUGCCAACAUGUUGCAAGGUAAACACCCCAGUCUGUUCGGAAUGGCCGGAGCGAAAGGUUACGCAGAGGUCUGGUCGGCUUUGGGCCCUGUGGCAAAGACAGUCAUGUCGGGGGUGCCAGCUUCGAAGGACGAUGACCUGUUCCUCUUCGAAACCAACGAUCCUGAGACGCCGCUAGUGGAGUACUAUCACAGCUGGUAUUGGAUUCCGAUAUUUGAUACCGACUUCCGAAAGGGGACCGAUAAGCACGAUCCACGCAAGUUCCUGGGGCUUUACAACUUCACAAGGAAUACGACGAAGAAGGUGAUAGCGGAGCGAAGGUUACGAGCCAUGCGCGAAGUCUCGGACAAUCUGCAGGCGGCGAGAAACACAGAAGAGUAUAAUUCAGCCAUUCUUUCUGCUCUUGGGGCGGAAGAAAUCUCGAAAGAUGUGCCUUUCGCCAUGCUCUACCACGUCAGCCGCGAUGGGGAAGAAGCCGAGAUGUCCAAGGCGACCAGCAUUACGGAUGACGAUCGAUCAACCCAGAGCUCGAGGCAGGCGCAAUGGAAAUUGAAGCUAAAGCUAGGUGGAUCUCUGGGCGUACCCAAAGGUCAUCGGGCGGCGGCGGACGAAGUCCUGGUCAGCAUAAAGAAGCCUGCUCACAAAUUUGGCGGCCUUGAUCCCGCGCGGACCAGCUCACCUACGCUUUCGAUGAUAUCCAAUCUGUCGGCCGGCGCCGAGGAUGAGGAAGCCAAGUCGACCAAGGCUGAACAUUGGCCCUUCAAGGAAGCGCUCCAGGGACGCAAGGCCGUGGUAGUAGAGGACGUAUCAGAGCUGAUCGAGGGAUUCGAAGUGCGUAGCUGGGACGGUUUACCCCGGAAGGCCAUCCUUUUGCCGAUUUGCAACGAUUCGAACGCAGAAAUACCGAGCGGAGUCUUGAUUCUUGGCCUGAAUCUACGAAGGCCUCUUGACCAGAGCUAUAUUGAAUGGCAUCAUCAACUCCGGCUCUCAGCUUACAGCGGGCUGUUACAAGUCAGAUCCGUCGAAGCGGAGCUCCAGCGCGUCGAAGAGAUGCGAAUGAUUGAUGAGAUCAAGAACUCCUGGAUCAGCAACGUAUCGCACGAGCUCAGAUUACCGUUAACUCUGAUCAGCGGUCCUGUGGAAGACUUGUUGACCGAGUGUCAGGGCAACACGCGCAUCAAGAACCUCUUGACAAUCACGAAACGGAACGUUGGUCGUCUUCGACGCCUGGUAGAUCAGCUCAUGGACUUUUCCAGAAUCGAAGGAGGCCGUUAUGCUAUAGCAUGUCGACCGAUGCCUAUCGGCAGCUUCACGAGGGAUUUAGCCAACCUUUUCCGGGCUGCGAUCGAGAGAAGCAAACUUCAUUACAUUGUCGAUUGUGAAGAGGAUAAAUCCCGAACGUGUUGGAUCGAUCCCGAUAUGUACGAAAAGAUUGCAAUGAACCUCAUCGGAAACGCGUUCAAGUACUGCCACAAAGGAGGUGUCACCGUGAGAUUGCGGUACGAGGAUCAGCAUGUCGUCCUUCAAAUAUCGGAUACCGGGGUCGGUAUCCCCCGCAACCAAAUGCAUCGCAUCGGUGAACGGUUCUUCAGGGUCAAAACGCAUAGUCGCUCGCACGAGGGCACAGGGAUAGGUCUCUCGUUGACAAAAGAAUUGAUCCGGCUGCUCGGAGGAAGUCUGGAACUAGAAUCUUGGGUGGCGGAAGAACAGCCGGAUGGCAGACAUGGGUCACAAUUCACGGUCAAGUUGCCUCUCGGGUUCUCACAUCUGCCUGCAUCGGCGAUCGAAGAGGCUGUUACUCAAGAAGGCAUCAACCGCAAUCGGACGUUCGCCGAAGGAAUGGUCGACGAGGCGCUUCAAUGGAACCGAGAUAGCGAAUCGUCGCACGAGAACAGCAGCGAUUCCGGCGCAUCUACUCGUCAAACGCAGUCCGAUCGUUCCGGUGCAUCGCUCGACCCAAAUACGCUUUUCUUUGACAAAAACGAUAUCAUCUUGGUCGUCGACGAUUCAAAGGACCUUAGGGCAUAUUUGACCUCUUUAUUGAAGCCAUACGUCGGCCAGGUCGUAGAAGCCAGUGAUGGAGAGAUCGGUCUGGCCAAAGCUAGGCAGUACAGGCCUAGCUUGAUCAUUUCGGACAUAAACAUGCCAAAUCUGGACGGGUUCGGGCUUUUACAGGGCAUUAAGAACGAUCCUUCCGAAUUGCGGUGGACUCCGGUCAUCUUGCUGACAGCUAGGGCAGGGGAAGGCGAGAGGGUUGAAGGCUUGUUGACUGGCGCGGAAGACUAUAUGACUAAACCAUUCCAGUCGCGCGAACUGAUUGCUCGGGUGUCCCUUCAAGUGCAACUCGGUAAGAGGCGCAGACUGUUAGAGGAAGCCUUUAGUACGCGUCUGGAAGAAGUAGAAAAAAGAAGGGAAGCGGCGGAACUCGAGAGGAAGCGACAGGAGCUGCUUAUCGAUGUCACUAGCCACGAGCUUCGAAACCCCACAAGCGCCAUCAUCCAAUGCAGCCAAAUGAUAGGGGAGGACAUUGCCGCGUUACGAGAGAGCGUUCAGCAAGCAAUGGCAAGCGGGCAAGCGAUCGCCGCAACCGAAGAGCUCGUGAAACAGCUGAUUGCAACCGAAGAAUUAUGUCAAAAUAUCAACCAGUGCGGACAAUCCCAGUCGCGUAUCGCCGAUGAUGUCCUCGCUCUGGCCCGCAUUAACCUCGACAUGCUUCAAUUCACCUACCAGUCGACCAACAUCCGAACGCGGGCCAGAGAAGUUGUGACACCAUUCGCCCUCGAAGCAAAGGCAAAGGGAAUCGAGCUAGUUCUCGAUUUGAACGAUAGAUCCUUGGAUCUCGUCCCACACGUCAUGACCGACCCCUAUAGGCUGGGACAAACACUUAUCAACUUGGUCUCCAACGGAUUGAGGUACUCUGGAGAUGGACCCAUUAAACGAGUGUUGAUCAAUUUCGCCAUGCGACCGGAACCUCCAUCAGACGGGACGUGCAAGCCCCCUGCUGUCGAUUUCCCCGCCGAGAUAGAAGAAGGUACACAACUAUAUCUUUACGUUAGCGUCACAGAUUCCGGACCUGGAUUAGCCCAGGAGGACGUUCAGAUAUUGUUCAGACGGUUCUCGCAGGCUACAAAUUAUACGAACAAGGCCUUUGGUGGCUCCGGUUUGGGCCUGUGGAUUAGCAAAAGGAUAACUGAGCAGAUGGGCGGCCGGAUCGAGGUGGACUCAGAAUUUGGCAAGGGCUGCACAUUCCGUUUCUUUGUUCGUGCCACGGCGUGCGAGCGGCCUCUGUCCCAACCGAAACCGGCGGAGGAGCAACAGGUCGACCGCGCCGUCACGCCCAAGUUUACGACGAAGGCCAAAGACCUGUCGCGGGCCACUCAACCUGGUUGUCGAGUCCUUGUCGUCGAAGACAACAAGAUCAAUCAGACCAUUCUCGUCAAGCAACUCAAGAAGCGUGGUGUCGUAGUCGAAGCCGUCGAUCACGGUUUGGCAGCAGUGAACCGCCUGAGACAAGUUUGCAGCACAUCCAUCAUGCCGGCUAGUGACAAGGACAAGCCCUUUGAUGUGGUCCUUUGUGACCUCGAGAUGCCGGUCAUGGACGGUCUAACCGCGAUCAAGCUGAUUCGCUCGGAAGAAGCGGCUGGUCUCCUGAGACGAUCUUUCGUCAUUGCUUUGACAGGCAAUGCUAGACAACAACAGAUUGACGACGCCUUGUUAUGCGGCAUGGACUCGGUCUUGAUCAAGCCCUACAAGAUAGAUGAGGUGAUGACCAGGAUUAACGAUCGGGUAGCACAAGCUCGAUCAGAAGGUCGAUGA